AUGGCCGUUUUGGGACUUGAAGAAGAGCGUAGGUGGAAAGAUCUAGGUAGCGCAUAUUUCGAAGAGCUUGAGACUGGUGACGAGCAAGAAGUGAAGGAGAAGAUCAAUCUCUCGAGCUGUGUUGCCGUUCCAGUAGUUGUCACAAUUACACUAACAGAGGCCCCCUCUCACGUUCCAACAAUCUCCUCUUAUAUAAAUACACCCACACCUGCCUGCAGUCGACGGAUGAAUAGCUCAUCGGAUAUGACAGGAGUCAUCCGUGAUUCCAGGCUUUUCGCAUCAGGGAUACCUCGCCACCUGAAUCCCCCACUUGGCGGGACACACAUUCCUGCUUGCCAAGAUCCUAUCAUCCUUCCUACCGUAACAGACAAACAUUAUAUUCGCCCGACUGCGUCUGGGCGACAUAAAAUUAUCAGACCAACUUCAGAUUCUCAGGUAAUUACUGAAGGAUCGCCCACAUUACUUUCUACCCCCGUAUCAUAUCCGUCGUCACAGGCUACUCCUCCGAUCCGCGAGCCGGCCCGACCACAUUCGCAUAUCCCAGCAAAUAUACUCACAUCUCCUCCAGCCAUACCGCAAGGUGGUCAGGAAGAAUUACCGCUUUCUCCCCCAGAAAAUAACUUUGUUCGAGAGGAUUAA